CGCCACCAAGCGUCCACUUUUGGCCAAGCAAUCAUGGCGGCGUGCAUGGGGCGACAACUUUUGAGACGUCUUCGACAGAAAUACCACGUUUUCCCCACGGAUAAAGCCCAUGCGGCGUUAUUGUGUCCAUCCAUUCAUCAUGCCUGUAGAGCAGCAUCUUCGGCCACGCCCCCUAAAGAGGAACCUCAGGAAGCCACGGACCUGAUGUCGGCAAUGAUAGCCGCAGCGCAAGACAGACGAACAGCUUUCGAUGCUCUGAUUCAACGACAGCAGGAAGAAUACGAGCGAGGGCGCCGUCACCUUGCCAAUAUGAUGGGUGAGGAUCCGGAGACAUUCACGCAGGACGAUGUCAACAGGUCAAUCCGUUACCUGUUUCCGUCAGGCCUGUUUGAGAAGAGAGCCCGUCCCCUCAUGCAGCCACCGACAGAUUACUACCCACCGCAGAAGGCUGCGCAGUUUGCGUCAGACGGCCGGCCGUUUGACACUCUGUUUUACACCGGGAAACCUAAUUACUAUAAUCUCAUGCACGAGACCCACACUGAGCUGAACAAAGUCAUCGAAAUUGAGAACAGCUGCAUCACGAAAGGAAUCUUGAAGCCAACGGCAGAAAAACUGGAUCUAGUACGAAGCCAGUGGAUUGAUAAGAAGGCAGUGGGAUCGAUGAUUGUGGAGGAAAUCUCAGACUCGGAUUACAACAAAUUCACGCUAUUACUGGAGAGAAUCUUACAGCAGCCAUAUGCCAAAGAAGUUGAGGACUACAUCUUGAAAUUCAGAGAGGAGUUGGUUGCCGUCUUGAGCCGCGAAGUCAUAGAACCAAUCCAAUUUGACGAGACGGGCCGAGCCUUCGCUAAAGGGCACGGCACACGGAAGGAGGCUGAAGCCAACGUGAUUGUUAGGGACCAGGGAAAUGGGCAGGUUACCGUCAACGGACAUAGCUUUCUCGACUACUUCUCAGUAGUACAACACAGAAUACAGGUCAUGUUCCCGUUUCAUUUCUUGGGCAUGUUGAACCGGUUUGAUCUGGAUUGCACAGUGAGGGGCGGGGGCAAGUCGGGCCAGUCGGGGGCGGUGCGGCUCGCCACAGCGCGCGCCCUGCGGAGCUUUGUAGAUGAAUCAACGGUCGAGAAGAUGAGGCAAGCUGGUCUUUUGACGAGAGACCCCCGCGUCAAGGAGAGAAAGAAGCCAGGGCAAGCCGGAGCUCGGAAGAAAUUCACUUGGAAGAAGAGAUGAUGUUUAUUACAUUUAGUGGUGCUUCUAACUAAACUGUUAAGGCUAAACACAAAUUGUUAUACGGCCCUCACAUGAAAAAUAUCAGGAGGGUCGGUUGGUCAGUCAGGUGUUUUUUUCAGGGGGGGGGGGGGGGUGAAACACAUGUACAUGGUUUACUAUUGGCCCCCUUCUCAAUUCCAUUUAACAUUUAACGUUUAUUAGCUACAUGUACUGCAUGCGCCAAAUAUACUGUGGACAUGUACAUGCGUGGGAUACAAUUUAUAGUGCAUGUACACAUGUGUUCCAAGCCUCGGCCUCAGUUAUGCGUACAAAUUACAUUAAAUUCAAACUGUACUACCACUUAGGUACAUUUUGUAACUAAAUUCAGAAUUAUGGCAUUACAAAGUAACAGCAAAUUAAGGUAAUUUUUUUUUUUUUUUUUUUUCAAGUGAAAAAAAAAAAAAAAACCGGGGAUUUCCAGAUUUGUGGGAUCAGUCGAAUGACGGUAACACAACCAACUUUGGGGGCCUAAUUUGGGCACAGUGUCUUCCAUGAAACUUUCAUUUGAUGGUGUUCUUAUACAAUUCAAACUCAUAUCCUCAAGGGGUAUUUUGUUCUCAAAGUUCAGAUUUUACAAAAAUUAGAAAUAUUUGGUCCCCUUAUAUUGCCACUAUUGGUAAUAUAAUGUAUAUUAUGAGGGAGUCAGGAUUUUGAAGUUUUUUAAGUUGUUAUAUUCCAACAGUUUCAUUUGGGAAUAAUUUUUAAAAUGCAAGUGUCUUGGCAAUUAGUAUAAAUCGAAAGCUCUAGUUCUGCAAGGCCAGCUAGACUGACUAUAAAGGAUUUUAUCACAUAAUCAAUGCGGUUCUUGUCAGAGGGGCUGGUGUUUUGGAUAGGAUUUUCAGGGUCGGCAGUUCAACCCAACUUAAUGGGGCACUCUCAUUGUUGUUUGGCUAUGUUUGAAUGAAGAACUUGUGAAAUAUAACAUUUUUACCCAAACAUGUCGGAGGAAAUAAAAAAUUAAACAAGGCUUAUCUUUGAGAUGGACAUUAUUUAGUGAAGCAGGAGGUCAUGGGUUCAAGUCCCACCGAAUGAUUAUUUUCUCACAAUCACUCGGGGCAAGACUGAGUACACAGAGUUUGUAAAAUAUGUCAGUGAAGGGCAAAAACCCAAUAUUCAAACCAGAUUUGAUUUUAGAGCACAAUCCUGAAGGGAGGGAAUAUUAAGUCCUCAAGUAGAGAAAUCACAAACUCUGUACAGAUUUUAUUACAAAAAAAACAUGUGUUCUUGUCGGAGGGGCAUGUGAUUGGCUAGGAUUUUCAGGGUCAGUAGUUCAACCCAACUUAAAAGGGGUUCUCACACUGUUAUUUGGCUAAGUUUGAAAAAAGAACUUGUGAAACAUAAAACAAAAAUCCAUUUGAUGAAUAAUACAAAUUUUACCAAAAAAUGUCUAAGUAAUUUAAAAAAAAUAAGCAAACCGGACUUGAUUUUAGAGCACAAUCCCACAGCAGAGGAACAUUCAACCCUCAGAGAUAUCUCAAACUCUAAUACAGAUGUCUAUUAAAAUAGCAAAUAAAAGGAGAUAUAGUAGAAGUAGAGAUACACGUAUCUCUAUAUUAGAAGUAGAGAUGUCUCUGUUAACACUUGGCGCGGGAUAAACUGUUGCAUUUGCACGCCAUUCCUACGUGUGCUACGUGGAGGAACAAAGAAAGAGGUGGUUAUUGCUGGUCCCCACCGUCUAUCCAAGGGCACUGGUGACAGCUCAUUACUUCGCUCAUUAGAUUGAUUGCAUCUGAGUAAUGGCCUAGACUAUUGCCCGUGCUCUCGACCAUAAUCAUUCUUUUUCCCGACGAAUUUUCAGCUUGUAUGAUUUUUUGGUUAGGCCUAUGGAAAAUACUUACUAUUUUUGUAUUUUGACAGUUCGCUUUAGGGCGUAAAUGGAUUCGUCUUGCGAGUAGACUGGUUCCCGGUCCCUACAUUAUCGAUUCUGAUGGGGACGGAAACCAGAUAACCCUGCGAGAAGUGACUUAUACACGGGCGAAUUAUUUCAACUAUGUUCACUACUUAUGGGUGGAUCAUUUUGGUCGACGUCGCAUUGAAAAUUGAAUAAGUUUUGUAUUGCUAGAAAGAGGAACAAAAUCGAAAGAAAAAAAAUCGAACACAGACAGUAGAUUCUACAUCUUUCAUCAUGCGCAUGCAUUAUUGAAGAGCAUGCCUGCGAUAUUUUCCGACCUAUGGGUUUCCGUCUGAACUUUUUUUUCCUUCACCUUUUAGUAAACCAGCACACAUCGAUGGGGCGGUGGAUACUCGGCCGAAAGUCCGUGGUUGAAGUCGUGACAAUGAAAAGACGCAUCCUUUAUUCGGCAAAUUAAAGCAUUGCACGUGUGCUAGUACUAUGCGUCGGCGCAAAGAAUGCGUCAUUACAUGAAACGAUUCGAACAAAUCUUGGGGUUGAUUGGGCUCUUGGUGGCGCCGUUUCCAUUUAUUUUACUGUCCACCAAUAAGCUAAGGAGUGGCCACAAAAAUGAGGAGAAUGGCAAGAUUAGAAUAAAACAACCAUGAGAUUUUCAUUUAUUCACUAUAGUACCAUAAGGCCGUCCAAGUCUCCUAUACCUAUCUGACUGUUACUUGAGACUUAGAAUGGUUAAAGCCUGUUGAAGGGAGCUGGGCAGUGCUAUCGUAUAUGAUUACUCGUAGAGGCAAUGAAUAUGCUAAUUCUGACCCAUUGACUGCAUGCAUGAAAAGUCUGGGAACAUUACUUUACUUGCCAAGUCUUGUUUCGUAUAACCAGCGACUCGGUAAAAGGCAGCGUUUAAUUUAAUUUUGCGUCACUUGGAAUAUUGAUACACAAUAUACAUGUAUUCACGCUCCCCUAAACAUUUCGUCUGUAAUAAGGGAAACCCACAAUAAAAACCGGCGGUCGGCGCUCAUGAUGGCGCAGGUCA